CUGCCCUGCCCCUGGCCGAGGACCUGACGGUGCGCGGUGGCCGCGGUGCCCCGGGAGCUGGAGCCCCCGCACGGGGCUGGCGGGGUGAGCGCGGCUGAUGAACGAGGAGCCGCCGCCUGGGAUGGGAGAGACCGACUCGGCGCCGGCGACUGGGGACAUGGCAGCCACCGGCACCGGCACCGCGCAGCCCCCGCCCCGAGUCUUCUUCCAGCUGCCGGGCUGCAGCCAGGACCCCCCCGGCCAGAGGAGGCAGGGCAAGGUCACCGUCAAGUACGACCGCAAGGAGCUGAGGAAGCGGCUGAACCUGGAGGAGUGGAUCAUCCAACAACUCCACCACCUGUACGACUGCGAUGAAGAAGAGAUGCCCGAGUUAGAAAUAGAUAUUGAUGACCUACUGGAUGUAAGUCGUGAUGAAGACCGAGCACUCAAAUUACAGGAAUCCCUUGUAGACUGUUACAAACCUACAGAGGUAUUUGUCAAGGAGCUAUUAGAUCGGAUAAGAGGAAUGCGAAAACUGAGCGCGCCUCAAAAGAAGUAGGAGACCGACCCAAACUCCGAACCAGAUUACAUCGGAGCCCAAAGAGUCCAGGAGUAUGAAGCAGGUGGUUAAGAGUAAAGGACUUUCAGUGUUUUUAUAGUUUUUAUAGUGGAAUUAAAUUUGUAGGAAACGUUCAUAUUUUUGACUUGGUUUUUAUUCAGUUUUUAGGAAUUUAAUAAAACCAUCUUUUUUUUAAUCAAGAAGCCAAGAUUGGGACUCCCUGUUGGCUUGAAGCUGGUGCCAAGUCCCAAGGUUUUAACCUCAACCAGCUGUUCCCUGUUGCCAUUACAAUAACAACAACAACUUGCACUUUUACAGCACCCUCCAAGCAGGGUAGCUUCUCAUUACUAUGGACCUAACGUGUCCUGCAAGCGUGCUGAAAGAUGUGCCAGUUGGCAAUUGUAGAGCCGAGUGCAACUCAACAUGUUUACAAUGGCCCGUUGGAAAGGGGUUGGUUAUCCUCAAAGGGGUGGCACUGUUUUUUAUCUAAAGCCUAUGAGGUGUACAGUUGUAUUGCGUGAAUCAUUUUUUGUGUGUGUGGGUGUUGUUACAAGUUGUAUAGACUUUAGAAACGGACGUCUCGUAUUUCAAGAAAAGAAAACUGAAGCUUUUCCGAAUUUCCCAAUUUGGGAAGAUAAACUGUCCAGUGCAAUAUUGUACAGUAUUUAUAAUCUGUUGGGUUAAACUACGAAGGAGAUGCAAUGGAGUUUCUGUCAUCUGGUUUUGUUUUGCAUGCAUUUGAGUGUUCUGAUCAUCAUUUCCACGAGUUAAAUAAUCACUGCCAACCCCGGUCGUACAUUCUUAGUGAGUCUUUUUAAAUAAUUGACUUCUUUGCCUCAAAGUAGGGAAUUCUUGCCCUGGCAGUUACACAACAUCCAGUCAAAGAAUAGAAUCUGAAAUCUCACCACCAUUUUUUGCACAAAACACAAUAGGAUUUUAGAAACGAAAGCUUAGAAAAUUGUUUUGCGCCAUUAUUAGUCGCAUGAAAUGUGUAUAACUGAAGACUGGAUCUGUUGCAGUGCAUUUCUGAGUUUCAAAUCCUACGAGACAUUCAAUACAGGGUUCUGUGAGACAAAACCAGUGAUGAAUUUCACUCAGUGUUCUCUGAAUUGUUUUGGCUUCAUAUUUUUUAUGCUACCUGACUUUCUACGAGUUGAUCGGUGUGAUUGAAGUUAACUGACGAAUUUUAAUCUCAACUUUUUUCAAGAAAAACUGGGCUGUUUUGAACCAUGAUAUUUGAAAUGUGUACUGUUUGUGAUUAGUACCUUCUGUACUCUAGUUAACCAGUUGUUUUAUAUGUCAUUUUAAAAUACUAUGGAACCUGUAGGGUAAAGCUUGAAAACAAAAUAAAUGUUUUAAA